CAAUGAAGUGAAGACGUUUGUUGUGAGAUUAGUUUCCUAUUUUUUCGCCUUCCGUCGUUUAAUUAAAUUCUGUGUGAUGUAAAUAAUUAGAUAGUACAAAAAAUAUUUUUUACUUUCCACUAGGUAGAGCCUGAAAUUUUGUUUUCACUAGGUACAUAGAUGUAGGCACAGUAGAAUGUAUCUCGAGCGCAUACUGUUUCCUCUGUUCUGUCUCGGAAUAGAAGUGUCUGGUGGAGCGGCGAGCGAGGAUCUGGCGGCGCGCGAGGUGGCGGUGGACAAGGGGACGAACGUGACGAUCCCGUGCGGCGGGCUGCUGACUCUGGCGCCGCAGAACGUGCAGUGGGUGCACAAGGGCAACCGCACGCACCAUGAAGUCCUGACGGACGGAAGCUUGGUGCUGCUGAAUGUGGGCGUGGAGUAUGCCGGCGUUUACGAGUGCGGCGUCGAAAAUGACACAACAUUCCUUGAUAGAAUUAAUGUCACAGUGAAAACCGAGCCUCCCCCACUAGUCAACGUGACAGUACACGCAUCCACCAUCCUGGCUCUCAUACUCUGGAACGUAGCGGGCGACGGAGGGCACCCCAUCAUAGACUUCACUGCACAAUACCGCUCCGCGACGCCGAUCAACGGGAGCUUAGAGCCGUGGAGGCCUAUCAGUCCUAACCACAUUAGCCCCAACUCGCGGCAAAUCGACGUAUACCACCUGGACACGAACGCGUCCUACUGGUUCCGAGUGUGGGCGAACAACCAGCUGGGCUCCGGGCCUCCUGUUGAAGUGCUCGCCACCACGCUGUACUCCGACCCGGAGGCAGAGCUGUAUAAGCACUUCUUCACCGGCGCCGAGCACUUCGACACGCGCACGUGGCUGGCCGCCGUGUGCGUCGUCAUGGGAACGCUCAUCGUGCUCGCGGCCGGGACCUGCGCCGUGCUGUGCCGCGAGUGGCGCCGCCCCGAGUUCGAAGAGCAAGAUAUAAUGGAGUUAGUGCCUAACAUAAUCCUUAACCCCGGAUUCAUGGACACGGAUCCGGUGCCCCGGGACACGCCCGGGAACAUUAUCCGCUCCACGGAGUGUCCGGGGCCCGGGAAACCCCGGCGGGUCUGAUUCUCGUCUAUACUUAACCUUAGGAUAUUCUAUCGCACCGACUCGGGACAUUUGUCAUGAUUGUAGCGAUGAGGUGGGACGUUGAUACGGGAGUGUGUGAGGUCUUUAAUGCCUUGGUGAAAGGGCUCACUAGGAAAAUGACUAUUGUAUACCAAGUGUACGUUCAACUGCGCUUUAAAGUAUUUAUGACCAUUUUGCCGUAACCGAUUGUACACCGCGAAACAAAAGAUCUGCAAAUGAUAGUAAUUUUAUCUUGAAUUACAAAAAGAAAAAAAACAACCAUAACUUCAGAUUUAAUAUAAGAUGCGGGGUACCAUGGACAUUUUUAAUUAUAUAAUCACAUAAAAUUACAUUAAAUGGCUGUUAACAUAAAGAAACACAAGUAAGUCCAAGUCUUUUCACACUGUUCUACCAUUCCUAUAUGGAUUUACCCCAAUAUUGAUUGUUUUAUGGCAUCGCAUGGUGAAUUGUGUUGCUCUGUUAUGCCCAAAUCUCCCAUAAAAGGCCAUACAUAAUGUUUAACAUCUCAAAAAUAACAUCACAUAAAGCUGCGUUUACAGUUAGUGUUCUGACCAGUUCUGCGAGCAUUCGGCCGUAACGUUCGUUGGUACACCGAUAAAAGUUUGAAAGUCAAGUGUUUCCAUCUGCGUACGAAUGAAAAAAUGCUCGCUCAGAACACUAAGUUAAAACGCUGCUUAACACUUCAAAACAUGUUACCUCGCAUGUGUCUUAAACCGCCUCCCGUAUCACCCAGUACGUCGAAACAGCGAGUAUGGCUCAAGGGUAACCUGGACAUAUCAAGUUUAUAAGGACGGUGCGUAGUAUAUCCCUAGGUUGCGGAACAGAAACUUGCUGUGCUUGUUGUAAGUUUAUACUCCAAACUCGCCAAUAUUGACGUUUCAAGGCAGUAAAUAAGCGUAAGCCUUUUUUUAAUGACUCACGGUUAGUUUCAUUAGACUUAUGUUGAUCGGGACCGGGAUAUAGACCGUGAAUCCCUCUUUGAUUUUUGUCGAUCUUCCGAUAUUUUAAGCAGUUACAUGGAUGUAUGUUUGUUUUCCGUGAUCAUUUUGCAUGUAACUGCGUCGUAAUAUUUAUCGAGAGAUCUACAAAAUGAAAUAGGUAAUCACGGUCUAUACUAUAUCCCAGUCAAUACAUAUAAGU